AUGGCCUCUUCUUCGAAUAGAGCUAUUGGAUCUGUUGAUGAAAGACAGGCCCAUUAUAAUGCUCCACCUCACCUCCAAGAAGGAGAUAAGGUACCCUUUCCUAACCUAAAUCAUCAUCGUGUUAGUAAAAAUGAAGUGGGCAAUAAUUCAAGAGCAAUGGGUCAUAGUACUCCUAUUAUGACUCCUCCAUUUCAGCAGAUGGUUGAGUUCUUUCAUCAGUUGGCUGGGACAAUGUCAGAUCCUAGUGAAAUGAAUUUUGAGAAGAUGAGGAAAAUGAGUGGAGUUGAAUUUGAAGGAACUAAUGAUCCCACGAUAGCUGAACAAUUGCUCGACCGCAUGGAGAGGGUCUUUGAACAACUAGAGUGUACUAAUGCUGCCAAAUUAAAGUAUGUUAUCUCUCUUUUACAAAAAGAUGCCUAUGAUUGGUGGGUAAAUGUGCCAAAUGCAAAAGCAAAACCUCUGGUGCUGACCUGGGAUGACUUUGUGAAAGCAUUUCAUGCGAAUUAUGUCCCCCUGCUUUCUCGCUAUGCUGGAGGUAUUAUUGAUGGUGAAAGAGGCAAGUGCAAAAGAUUUGAAGAAGGUUUGAAUGGUUACAUUCGAAAGUCUAUGGCAAUCUUGCAACUUGAGGGUUUUUCCAAGCUAAUUUCUACUACUCUUACUUGGGAAAGAAUUGAUAAGGAAGAAGCUAGUAUGAGAGAAAACAAGUUUAGGAAGGGUAAUUCAAAUUAUGGCGGUCCAUCCAAAAAGGAAAAGUUUGACUAUUCCAAGACUUGCAGGAAGAAUCACUAUGGCGCCUGCAGAAGAGCUUUUGGUGCUUGUUUUAAUUAUGAAAGUCUAGAUCAUAAAGUGAAGGAUUGUCCUAAUCCUAAUCCUUUUUCUUAUACAUAUACAGAGGGCUCAGUUCAAAAGCCUGUCACUACUCAUUCUCAAGCUAAUAGUGGUGCAAGAGCUAGAAAUGUGCAAGCAGUGGGUUCGGGUGGAGCUAAUCAGAGGAAUGACCAAGAUGGCUCGGACGUGGUUGUUAGUAAAUUUCACUUAUUUGGCAUAUCUGUUGUUACAUUAUUUGAUCCUGGAUCUUCGCACUCUUAUGUUUGCUCAUCACUUGCAUUUUCUGAUACUGUUAAAUCUGUGAGACUUGACUUUGAUGUGCUAGUCACGAGUCCAUUAGGUCAUCAGGCUGUUGUUAACAGGAUUUACCUAGAUUGUCCAUUCAUGAUUCAAAAUCUGGCCUUCCUUGCAGACUUGCUUGAAAUGCCCUUCCAAGACUAUGAUGUUAUUGUUGGUAUGGAUUGGAUCCAUAGGUACCAUGCAUUGGUUGAUUGUAGGUUAAAGCAAGUGACUUUUGAAAAUCCUGCAUAUUCACACAUAGUAGUUCAAGGAAAAAUAUCAUUGACAUCUAAUAUUAUUUCUGCGGUCUUGGCAAGGAAGAUGAUUUGUCAAGGUUGUGAUACAUAUCUUGCUCAUAUAGUCGAUACACGAUUGGGGAGUCCAAGUCUUAAGGACAUACCCAUCGUGUGUGACUUUCCUGAUGUAUUUCCUGAUAAUCUUCGUGGGUUGCCUCCAGAAAGGGGGAUUAAAUUUCCUGGUGCCAGCUUGUUCUCAAAAAUUGACAUGAGGUCUGGAUAUUAUCAGUUGUGUGUAAGGGAGCAAGAUGCUCCUAAAACUGCUUUUAGGACCAGAGAAGAUCAUGAUAAGCAUCUCCAGAUUGUCAUGCAAAUUCUGAAAGGGAGGCAACUCUAUGCAAAGCUUUCCAAAUGUGAAUUUUGGCUGAGUGAAGUGGUGUUUUUGGGGCAUAUUGUAUCAGUUGAAGACUCCAAGUUUGUGUGGGAUGACAAGUGUCAAGAGAGAUUUGAAAAGCUCAAAUCCUUACUGACACAAGCUCCAAUACUUUCUCUGCCAGCUGAAGGAAAAGAUUAUGUGAUAUACAGUGAUGCAUCUCACCGUGGCUUGGGUUGUGUUUUGAUGCAAGAAGGGAAAGUAAUUGCUUAUUCCUCUCGAAAGUUGAAAUCGCAUGAGUUGAAUUAUCCCACUCACGAUCUUGAACUUGCUGCCAUUGUUUUUGCCUUAAAAUUUUGGAGGCAUUACUUGUACGGGGAGAAGUGUCACAUAUUUACUAAUCACAAGAGGUUGAAGUACUUGGGUACACAAAAAGAGUUAAACUUGAGACAACGUAGAUGGCUUGAACUCAUCAAAGUUUAUGAUUGCAUGAUUGAUUAUUAUCCUGGUAAAGCCAAUGUGGUUGCAGAUGCAUUGAGUCGCAAUUCCCUUGCAAGUUUAAUUCUAACUCCUUUGCCUUUGCUUCUUGAAUUAAGAGCCAUGAAUGCUUGUCUUUCAUUUAAUUCUAAUGGUUCUAUCAUUGCCAAUUUGCAAGUCAAGCCAGUCUUACUUGAGCAGGUCCAAGAAGCGUAG